ACACAAUGGUAAUCUGAUUUUCAUUCACUUCAGAUGGGCAAACUUGGUUAUUUUCGUAUAAAAAGCCAAAGGUUGAUUGUUUAGCCCUGUCUAUACCACUAAUUAUCCGCUUUCCUACUGAUGAGGUUUGAAGGAGACGUUGCAAAAACGCUGAGUGGUCCAUAAAACUCAAGCUGCUGCGGGAAGGUGAUCGCUCAAUUUGUUACACCGCAAUGCGCAUUACUCGUUACCUCUCCGUCUCAACCACGUUUACGGUAGGUACAAAACCACUAUCACCCACGUACACAUGCAUAUCCGAUCCGUGUAUCCGUGUGUUUAGCACGGACAUACGGACACACAAACACAAACGCACAGCGGCGUCGGCGUGGUCGGUGGCCGCGACAGAUAGCAAAUAGAAACGUACGCUCGACGACAGGACGAAACUCGGCUUCCGUAUAAUUGAUGGAGAAUCCGGCGAAAAAAGCAACACUCCAGCGUAUAGCGUCACACAAAGGAUGACUUGGCAAGUUGAAAAUCAUCCAGGCUGCACCUGAGUCCUACUACAAAAGUGUGAGUGUGUGGAGCGCGGUCUCAGAAACCGACAAAGUUCCGCCGGUGGACAGACCUUUGAGACAGCAGCGUCGGUGCCCACUGACACGCGAAGUGGUAUUGCACUGGGUGAUUGCUUGUGCUCAAAGAGGAGAACUUAUAUUCACCAUACAAGAUGCAGCGGGUGGCUCGCCUGGCGGUAUGUGCCGUGCUGGUGUGCGGCGUCUCCUCUCAGUACGUCUCCUCCUUCUCCAACAACUACCGACCGAGCGGGCCGGGCUACCCGAGCCAAGAUUACUUUACUUAUAACCCGAGCGGCACUGCAGACUACUAUCGGCCGCCGGUCUCCUCCCCGGGUAUCACAGACAGGUUGCAGAACAUUUUCCAAGGAUUCAGUGACAGAACAGACCCCGCAUUCUUCUCGGCGGCGCCGUUCCUGCUGCUCUCUUUGCUGGCCCUGGUCGGUCUGGCCGUCACCGGGGUCGCCUACGCCGUCAUCACCAACAACUCCUCCGGCCGUGGCCUGGACUCGGACCAGUGGGAGGUGGACCACUCGGUCUGGAUGAACCAGCUCCAGAGGGACUUUGAGGACUCGUGGUCCACCGAGUAGCGGAUGCAUCAUCUGAGCAUGGUGCUCCGCGAGUGAUUUAUUCCAUUGUUGAGAACCUCACAGUUGUAAAACUGUAAUUGUUGAAUAUUGUUAAUGUUGUUUUUGUUUUUGUUUUGUGUCAUUAACAACUGUUCAGUCCCACUGUGCGGUCAUUGCUAUUGAGGCGGCGGGCACUGUUACUGAGGAUAUGCGGUUGACAGUGACCAAAAAUAUUUUUUGUUCACGCUAUGUCAUCAAUGAAUGUUAUGCAGGAUGACAUCUCGGCCGCAGGGGACUGCUCUAUUGGCUACAUCUGGGUUUGAUUGAUCAAAUCCAAUGGCUGUAAAUACAUGUAUGAGU